UCGGCAGGGCACUCACAUACAAACUUUUCCCUGACCAGACUGGAGCUCAGAAAACACAGGACUAGGAGACGGAUAUACCGAAGACAAUACGGAGACAGAGUCACGUGGUUGGAGACUCCAUUCAGCGGGAUCAAGAUGCGGAGGAUGCAAAUCCUGGUGCAGACGCGGGACGGACGGAAGAGCAUCUACGAGGUGGACCGCUUUGGGACGGUGGGUCACCUCAAGGCCCGGAUCGGACGCACCAUGGCCGUGCCCAUGGGCUUCAGUCGGCUGACCUACAAGGGCCGCAUCCUGGCCAACCAGAGUGUCCUGGAGGACGUGGGCAUCAAGCGGAUGUCCACGCUGGACCUCUUCUGGCAGCCCGUCGUCCUCACGCCCAAGCAACUCAGCGACAAGGAGGGCGACCUGGACAAGUUGGAGCAGAAGCAGCGGACGAGUAUGCAGUCCUCCAGUUUGGCGGAAAGCUACGACCAGAUGGUCAAGACGGGGGGACUCCUCAAGGGAUCGGACAGUUUCCAGGACGGCGAGGGCGUCGCCGGUGGGGAGAUCCCCAAUCCCGCGGGCACACCACUCACCCAGGAGGAGGACGAGGAUGAGCUGCUCGAGGACCUGAUACUGCCAUCCUCCGAUGGCCUGGACUUCCUAGCCCUCACUGGCCGCCCCAAGAAGUCAGAUGAUCAUAUUGAAAAGGACCUGGUGAACAUGGUGGAUCUGGUGCCCAUUGCUGCUCCACUCCCAGAUCCCUUGGUGGACUCUCCCCCAAAGAAACCGGAGACCAGUGCUCCAAGCAAGUCCAUUAAGCUCAAGUUGAAGGGCAAGAAGAAUCGCAAAAAGAAGUAGAAGUAGUUCCUCAGUUACUGCAUUUUGUCUUUUGCCACAUUUCAGUUCGAAAUUCUUUACAACCAACUUUUCAACCGACAAUUUGAAAUCCAAAUUUGUGUUAAAAUAAAAUUAAAAAAGCCUU